UCAACCAUUUCCAGUCUAUCCUAACUUCAGGUAUAGUCAAAUUCUGUUAUAGUUCACAGUAGACUGGCAAAUAGUUCUUUAAGAAUGAGACACAUUCUUGCUUAUCUGUGUAUGCUUGAGUGCUUUCUACAUGCCUUUGAUCAAUGCACUGUCCCAGAAUCUGAGUUUCAGCAAGAAGGAGAUUAUUUAAUAGGCGGACUUUUUGAUAUUCAUCAUGUCAAUAGCUCUGUUCAUCAUUAUAGACCAGAAGCAAUUGACUGCUCCAGAGGGAGUUUGCUGGUGGGUAGUGGAGCACCAGGGAGGAGGUCAAUUGAACAGUCAUAUGCUAAAUACUACCUGGAUCUUCUUGGGGGACUGUUGUUAGUUCUGAGCACCAUCUCAUGAUCAUCUUUACUUCAUUAAUGUCAUACGGAGGUCAGGUAUGCAAUAAUAUCUUCUAAAAAUACAUUAAAUAUAAUAACUUCAUACAUUUUUCCAAGCUUGACCUGACAAACCUCUAUAGCAACAGUUUUUAAAGCAAUUUUCCAAAAGUUUUUGUAUGCUGGUUUAACCCAAGUACUGCAGUUCUGAGUUAUUUUAUUCUUAAAUUGUGUUCUAGGCUUUGGUAGCAUUUGUUCAUGUAAAUACUGUAUCUUCUUUUAUACUAAAUUAGGAAGAAAGGAAAUGGUUUUCCAUGAGACAAGAGCACGCAUUUGUUUAUAUAUCAGACAUAAGCCUUAUGUGUAAAAUAUGGCAUUUGAAUCCCUUUCCAUGUGUUUCCUCUACACUUAGUUAUUCUCAGUUUGAUAAAGAAAAUUACCAAGCUGGUUUUAAAAUUCUGAAUUUACUACUGGAGGACUGAAAUAUUUGUUUGUUGUUUGAUUGUUUCAUGAGUUGUUGAAAAAAUCAAAGAUAAAAAAAUAAUAAUAAUCCAGUGGGACAAUUAAGCCAGUGUUAGCCAAGAACCUCUUGGUUCCUAAAUUUGUGUGUCAUUAUACUUCCCUGCAUUGUUCUGCAUUGAUUUUAUGCAGAUAACAACAAAAUAAAUUGGUUGUAAGGCAGUACCAGUUCUUGUGCGAACAGAGCAUGCUGUAGGUAUUAAAGCUAUUGUGCUGCAGUACUUUGAAUCAUAUCUAUCUAAUAGACUCCAAUUUGUUCAUGUAAAUGGAGAGUCCUCUUCACACACUAAGUUUAAUUAUGAAUUGCCACAGAGUUCCAUGCUAGAACCAAUUCUGUUUACAUUAUACAUGCUUUCCUUAGGCAUUAGAAGUCAUAGUAUACAUUUUCACUGCUAUGUAGAUGAUAUCCAACUUUAUCUUUCCAUGAAGCCAGAUAACACACACCAAUUUUUAAACUGUGGGAAUGAUCUGGAUGACCUUCAAUUUCCUGCUCCUAAAUUCAGACAAAAAAAAAUUAUUGUACUCAGUCUUAAAAAUGUUAGAAAUAUGGUAUGUAACCAGAUGCUUACUCUGGAUGGCAUCAACUUGGCCUCCAGUAAUACUGUGAGGAACGUUGGAGUCAUUUUUUACCAGGAUAUGUCUUUCAAUGCACAUAUUUAACAAAUAUGUAGGACUGCUUUCUUGCACAUUUGCACAAUAUCUCUAAAAUUAGAAACAGUUCAUAUCUCAUUAAAUGCAUUUAAUACUGGCUGGACUUCUUCAAUUCAUUAUUAUUAGGAAAUCCUUAAACUCCCUGAAGAGCCUUUAGUUGAUCCAAAAUGCUGCAUCGAGAAUAAAGCCAAGUACUAGAAAGAGAGAGCAGAUUUAACACUCGUUUGUGCAGGUGAAGAAAGCUCUCUGUGGGGAACCCCUGCUCCACACGCCUAACUUCUCCCUCCCUUUUAUUCUGUAGACUGAGGACUGGGAGCCGUUUUGUCCCAGCAGGCAAGGGGGGUUGACUGCCCCAUUGUGUACUUCAGCAGGAAACUGUUGGAGUGGGAAGCCAGGUACAGCACAGUAGAAAAGGAGUGCCUGGCCGUCCCGUGGGCGGUCACUCCCUUAGUUAUUACCUCCUUGGCCACCCUUUCACCCUCUGUUUGGAUCACGCCCCGUUGCAAUGGCUCAACUGCAUGAAGGAUGCCAACGCCCAGAUCACACGGUUGUAUCUGGCUCACCAGCCUUUUAAGUUCAAAGUGGUCCAUAGGCCGGAGUGCAGAUGGUCGCGGCUGAUUUCCUCUCCUGCUCGCAGGGGAGGGGAGUAGGCUAGGUUGGUAGGCUCCCCGGCCUAAGUUGGGUGUGGUGAGGUAAGGGUGUGGUGUCAGGGAAGGCUGGUUUUCACAGCCGGCAAGCAUCAUCUAAUCAUGCCUUCCCUGAUUCAGUCGCGGCUGGGCCAGAGAGGAGGAGAGCUGCUGGAGUAGAGUGCCGGUGCAGAUCCGGAGCGGGAGCACUGUGUGCUGAAAAGUGAUGCACUGAGUGUUUCUUCUUCACUCCACUUUUUUAUCCACUCACUGGUGUUUAUACACCACUCUGCAUUUAAUCAGUACUUAUUAUUAAUCCCUGGCUUUGUUCCACAGAAUGUUCUUGUCCUGUCUUCCUCCCCUCACCCCUAACUGGUCACAGCAGAUGGCCACCCCUCUUUGAGCCAGGUUCUGCUGGAGUUUUUCCUUCCCACUCUUGCCAAAGCGCUUGGUCAUAUAGAGGUCAUCUGAUUGUAAAGGUUUACUCUGUUAUAUUAAUUAAAUUGAACUGAAAUUUAAUUGAACUGUUGAUUUUUUUUUUAAAUAUUUGGCAGUCUUGUUAUUAUAAAUCUUUAGGCUGUGUUUGACCAACUCAUGGCAAUCCUGAGGUACUUCCAAAGUAGUGAAUUUAAGAUCCUGCAUUUUUCCAAAUUUCAAGGAGUCAUUUAUCAAAUAAACUUUGAAAUCAAAUUUAUCAAAUCAACUGUGUUUUGGGGCACGUCCAUAGACUAUAAUAUAAAACUCAGUUCGCUUGGAAAAAUAAACUGGGUGAAUGAACAAUUAGCAAAAAAAAAAAAAAAAAAUAAUAAAGCAAUCAUUUUGCUUUAUGCAGAUAUUUAUUCAAAACAUGCUACUGUAUGUGCCAAAGUGCAUAGGCAGUAUUUCAGAUCAUUUUAUGAUGUGUUUCAAAGACUUAGAUUCAUUUGGAAUUUGUAGACCAACUUUUGGUGUACUUCAUAUUCUGUGUAUAAACUUUGAAAAGAAUUGUACUAAUUGUUUUUAUAUUUCUUUUGCAGAGGAUAAACAAGAAAACAGAGAUUGAGAGCUAUUAAUAAAUGGAUGAAACAAAAUGCUGCAAAUCUGUGAUUACUAAUGGAUGGAUGGAUGUUUAGUUGAAAUGUAGUAAAACUCCUAAAAAUUGGGUUCUAAAUCUGUUAAAUGUAAUAUCUGUUUAUAUUUUCAUGACUUGCAGUUACAUACCGAAACUUCAUCUUGAACUUAACUAAACAUAUUGGAUGCAUUUGAUCACCUGGAUAAACGAACAAACAUUUAGUUUGAUGUUCAGGCCCAUCUGAUGAAUAAAACAGUUGGGCCACUCAGCUGUUGUAUUAGUUGAGAUCAUUUUUGCAUACUGAUUUGUGAAUUCUCUAACCUUAGUUAUUCAUCAUUCAUCCUCUAUGAAAAUGACCACAAAGGCUCAGCCAUUGCCAGUGUCGCAUAACUUCAGGUGUAGUCAAAUUUUGUUACAGUUCACAGUAGACUGUAAAAAAUAGUUAUUUAAGAAUGACGCACAUUGUUGCUUAUCUUUGUGUGCUUGGGUCUUUUCUAAAUGGCUUUGAUCAGUGCACUGUCCCAGAAUCUGAGUUUCAACUAGAAGGAGAUUAUUUGAUAGGUGGUCUGUUUGAUAUUCAUCAAGUCAAUAGCUCUUUUUAUCACCACAGACCAGAAGCCAUUGACUGCUCCAGUGCACCUUUUAUUCUGUCCAGUUAUCGAAGGUUUCAGUUGAUGAGAUUCUCUGUAGAAGAAAUCAACAAUUCUACCAAGCUACUGCCAAAUGUGUCUCUUGGCUAUGAAAUAUUUGACCACUGCACAGAUACUGUGAAUUUCCCAGGACCUUUAAACCUAAUCUCUGUUAAUGGUUUAAUCCAACCUCUGGAAGAACCACACAAGAACUUAUCCAAAGUUAUAGCAGUGGUCGGGACUUAUACAAGCCCUCAGGCACGAGCUGUAGCCCCACUGUUCAUGAUGAAUCUCAUUCCGAUGGUCAGUUAUGGAGCUGCCAGUUCAAUCUUUUCAAGACGACAAAUUUAUCCAUCUUUUAUGAGAACAGUGCAUGCCAGUAAAGAUGUAACUGAAGUGAUUUUUAGCAUUUUGAUGGAAUUCAACUGGAAAUGGGUUGCUUUCCUUUAUGUUGAUGAUAGUUAUGGCAUAGAUGGUCUACAAUUAUUUCUAAAGAAAAUCAAGGACACUGACAUCUGCCUGGCUUAUAACAAAGCCCUUGAUCAUUACUCGGACUACAAAGCAAUAUUCAAACAGAUCAAUGCACAAAAUGUAAAUGUCAUUAUUGUGUUUGCACCUGAAUGGACAGUUGAAGAACUCAUGAAGUCAGUGAAACAAAUAAAUGUUACAAACAAGGUGUGGAUAGCAGGGGAUGCAUGGUCCCUAAACAAAAAGAUAAGAGACCAGAUACAAGGAAUCAAAAGUAUUGGAACUGUACUUGGUGUUGCUGAGCCAAACAUGACAAUACCUGGUUUCAGAGAGUUUAUUUAUUCUUUCAAAGCUCAGACUCACUGUGAAAAUGCAAAACAACAGAAGUUUUGUAAUCAAAUUUGCCACUGCAGUAGCCUGACUGCUGAGGAAAUCAUUGAUGCAGAUCCAUCGUUCUCUUUUCCUGUUUAUUCUGCCGUGUAUUCCAUUGCUCAUGCCUUACACAAUAUCUUACAAUGUGGAGCUGACGGAUGUAAAGAAAAUAUUACAGUCUACCCCCAUAUGGUUCUGACAGAGCUAAGGAAGUCAAAUUUUACACUUUUAAACCAAACUGUUCAGUUUGAUGAGAAUGGUGAACCCAUGUUUGGACCCUAUGCAAUAGUUUUUUGGGACCACGAUGGAAGUAUACAUGAGGUUGGCUAUUAUAAUUUUCAUGGAUCAUUUGAUUUUUCCAUCAACAGCACCAUAAUUAAGUGGCACACAGCAGAUCAAGUGCCUACUUCAGUGUGUUCUACAGAAUGUGAUGUAGGGUACAAGAAAACACAAUAUGGAAUCCACAAAUGUUGUUUCAAUUGCACAAUCUGUCCAAAUGGGACUUAUAACAACAUCACAGAGGAUCCCUACAGCUGCAUCAAUUGUAACAACACACAGUGGUCUGAAGAAGGAAGUACAUCAUGCAGUCUGCGAGUGGUGGAGUAUACACCAUUUACAGACAUUUGGGCUAUAGGGAUCAUGGUCGGUGCUUUUAUUUUGGUGUUCAUCUCACUGGCCUUGUCUGUUCUCUUUGCCCUGAACUACAACACACCUGUUGUCAAAUCUGCUGGAGGACCAAUGUGCUUCCUAAUUUUAGUCUGUCUCAGUCUGUCUAGUCUUAGUGUAUUUUUUUAUUUUGGUGAACCAACAGUUGCUUUCUGUAUCUUAAGAUAUUUACCAUUUCUCUUAUUCUUCACUGUUUGUUUAGCUUGUUUUGUUGUGCGCUCUUUUCAAAUUGUUUGCAUUUUCAAAAUAGCAGCCCAGAUACCCAAACUCCACAGCUGGUGGAUGAAAUAUCACGGACAGUGGCUGUUCAUCACUGUGGCAUUUGUGACACAGGCAAUCUUCCUUCUCAUUAACUAUAUAUAUGCUCCCCCGAGUUCAAAAAUGGACAUCUAUUGGAACCCCAAAAAAAUCAUACUUGAUUGCGAUAUUGAUUUUAAAGCAGCAUUAAUUUCUCUGGUUUUACCUUUAUUAUUUUGUUUUCUUUGCUUUGUUUUUUCCUACAUGGGAAAAGACCUCCCAAAAAAUUACAAUGAAGCCAAAGCAAUAACCUUUUGCCUCCUCCUGCUGAUCCUCACUUGGAUCAUCUUUGCCACUGGAAGCAUCCUUUAUCAGGGCAAGUACAUGCAGCCCCUGCAGAGUCUGGCAGUACUCUCAAGUCUCUACUCCUUUUUGUUGUGGUAUUUCUUUCCCAAAUGUUAUAUUAUAAUUUUUCAACCUCAAAAAAACACUCAUUGUUACUUUCAAAAUCUUAUUCAGAGUUAUACCAAAACCAUAAGCCAGUAGCUGCCUCGAAGACAUAUGAGCUGAUGUAGACAAGAGACAGAUGUGCUUUAGAUUUAUACAGUGAUGUGAAAAAAUGUUUGCCCCCUUCCUGAUUUCCUAUUCUUUUGUAUGUUUGUCGCACUUAAAUGUUUCAGAUCAUCAAACAAAUUUAAAUGUUAGACAAAGAUAACACAAC